AUUUAUUACGUGGCAUAGUAGGAAGCGUGGAGUUCCCGCAUUUUUUAAGCAACUGACGAUGACCCGUUUGGCCGCCAUUCCUGCGCAGUGAAUGAUCAACUUCCCAAUUCCAAUUUAGAGAGAGAGAAAAGAGAUGGCACAGCAGAUCAAAGAGCCGUGUAAGAAAUAUGCGUGUGACAUUCAAGCUUGUCUAUCCAAGAACAACUUCGACUCUCGAAAGUGCCUUAACGUCAUUGAAUUGCUUCAGUCUUGCUGUGAGAAAUGUAGUUACAAGUCAACACAUUGUGCUUCUGUAUCUGGCCUUCUAAAUCAAAAGCCCAAGUAAGAGUCAAAAUUCUAACCAUAUUUUGCCUGAAGAUGGACUGUUAUGGUUCUGUCCUUUUGUUUUCUGGUUUUCUGGUUUUCUUUUGGAGUACUGAGAAGCUAACCCCAAGAGAGAACGAGCGAGAAAAUGGUUGUUAUCAGAAGUGAAUUUUGCAAGUUAUCAGAAUUCUAUCAUGGCGGUGGUAAGAAGUUCGGUCUGCCUCCACCGUAUGUUGUAAUAAGACACUAGAACAGGGGAUAAAAUCAGGUGUACCUUUCAAAGGAUCUUUUUAUAGAAAUACAAAUGAAAGAAAAUAUUAUGACUUUAUGAUAACACAUAUAUAUUAGAUUCCGUUUGAUUUCUACUUGUUAGCUGCUGGAAGCUUUUGAGAGAGACUGAAGGUCAUAAAAUGUAAUCAUGAAAGUUUUGCCUCUAUUGGGGGUGCUUCAA